UUUUCCUUAUCUUAACGGCUUGUUAAAUCCGCCCCUACGGCUACCCACUGACCAAACGUUUAACUGCUUCUGCUUCUGAAUAGUACAUUAGAGUAAUUACCAUGACAUACGGUAAAUUACAUAGGUUCUUUCUAAGAACAGUGGCCAGUCAAGGUGCUGUAUCCAUGACCGACGCUCAAGAAAUUGUGCAGAAGUAUAAUGAUGAAGAGGAAACAUCAGUACAGGAUGUAGUUAAAUCAAUCAAUGAUGAAAUUAGACAAUUUCAACAAGAGAUAAAAAUAACAAGUGAUGAGGUCACAAAUGAAAAAGUUAUUGUAUUCUUAUCUCUGGGCUAUGAUGAGGCAACCAAAGCCCAGAACUUAUUCACUGCAAAUGAAUUGGAAUAUUUCAGAGUAAUCUUAGAACAGAUUAUGACUACGGAAUCAAGACAGAUUACGGGAAUGAAUGCUAUUAAUUUAGCUAGCAGUAUGAAAUCGACUUUCACAAAAUCUGAUGCACAAAGAAUGCUGAACACUUGGCACAGAAUGAAGUACUUAGAUAAGGAUCAAAACAACUAUGCUUUAGGAGUGCGAGCAGUACAUGAGUUUGAAGGUUACAUCCGUCAGAACAUGCCAGAUACUGUUGAACAAUGUUGUCUGUGCAAACAAAUAGUUUUUAGAGGUUACAACUGCCCAGCCUGUGCAUUAGCCAUCCAUAACCGAUGUUUGAUGGGUUAUCUAAGUAAGAUACAAAAAUGGCCAUGCUGUAAGGUUGAUUUUGACCAAUCCCAGCUUGAUCGUCUGACUAGUGCUGGUUCCAGGCUAUUAUCGCAGUCUCAAGAAUCAAACGCAACUCAAAAUAUAGAGGAACAAAACACUGAGGUACAACCCAGCCAAACGCAGGAGUCAGAAAACAUAGACAUGACAGAAGAAGUUAUUCCAGAGAUAUCCCAAAGAGUAACUAGAAAGAGAAAGCGACUUAAUUGAAAUUUCACUGACAUUUAAAUUUGGUAAGGUUACCUAUUUGUUUUAUAGUUAGGUAGUUUUUGUUUUGGUAUCAUCCAACCAGGUAUAUAGAAAUCGAAAGCUGUAGUUGCUUUAGUCGUCAGGUACAA